UGAAUUCGACAUGUUUUGGAACUGUGUAAAAAUAUUGAAUUAAAGUGAAUGUAAAAAUAAGUAAAUGUGAAAUAAAAUUGCAUUGAAGCAUUUGGAAAAAUAGCUUAUUGUUGAUAUUUAUUGAAAGUCAUUAUCUGAGAUUUCAGUCAUCUGAUCCACAAUGGACUGGUCAUUACUUAGAAAAUGCGUGAUACUACUGGUCCUUUCCAGUAGUUCACCAGUUUUUGGUCAUGUCAUACAAUGCUGCCCGGAAAAAUUAUCAAUCAUCAGAGGUGGAUGCUCAGAACUUGGUGUUAACAGAAAUAUAACUGUUCCUUAUAAUAUAGACUGUGACCGUGGUAUGUUCCUUCUGGAUCCAUCAAGUUCCGAAGUCGAUAACUUUCGUUUGGAUGAAUAUGAUGGACUUAUAGUUGGAGAGGAACCUAGGAGCUUCAGAGUUCACCCAGAGAAGUUUUGUCUAGGAGAUCUUUCCCGAGACAACAGAGUUGCUACGACUAAGGUAGCAAUGGUUUGUGCAGAGGCUGAAGGGCAAACCAGCUUAUAUUUUAUUGUCAAGGGUACUUGUGCAGUGGUAUCAGUAGUUUUUCUUGUGAUUACUGCUAUUUGUUACUUCCUUUUACCAGAAUUGAGAGAUUUGCAGGGAAAAUGUAUGUUAUGUGCAAUAAUUGCCCUGGCUGUAGGAUUUCUCAAUUUGUGUAUAGUUCAACUGGAAUUUAUUGAAUAUAAGGAUGAUGCUACUUGCGUUGUACUAGGUCUUAUGAUAUAUAUUUGGAUGCUUUCAUUUUUCUUCUGGCUGAAUGUCGUUAGUUUCAAUUUAUGGAGAAGUGUAGUAGCAAAAACGAGAAGAUUUGAGGAGCGCCAACUGUUCUGUUGCUACAGCGCCUACGCCUGGGGAUGUCCCUUGAUUCUUGUUGGAAUCAUGAUGAUUUUACAAUAUGGACCUACGGGUCACAAAAUUGUUGGACAUCAAAGAUGUUUCCUAUCAUAUGAUUGGAGUUUCGUCAUGUUCUACUUAGUUAUUGCAGUCAUAUUAUUAGCAAACACCAUAAUGUUUGCUAUAACUGCAUGGAAAUUAUGGAAAGGUCUUGAAACGUUAGUAGAUGUCAAAAGACGAUCACUUAAAUAUAAAUGCUGCAUGUAUCUAAAACUCUUCCUUAUAAGUGGCUUGACUUGGUUAUUUGAAAUAGUAUCAUACAUAUUCGAAACAUUUGAUGAAUUCUGGAUCGUGACGGAUGUAAUAAACGGUUUGCAAGGAUUUCUGAUGUUUUUGGUCCUGAUAGCACUAAGGCCAAGGGCUUUAAGAGCUCUUGCAGCACGAGGAUUUUGCUGCUUAAAAAUGCCGCAAAGAUGGCGUCAUAGAAGGGACACUGAAUUACUUCAUGACGACGAAUUGGAUGAUGAUGAAGAUGGUCAAGAUGAUCCUACGAGGACGAUAACUGAACAUGCUGGAAAUGGUCUAUAAAAAGGGGAAAAGACCUCAAUGAAUAAACAGAGAUCUGAGCUUUUAAAUUACGCUUAUUUAUUUAAGUUAA